AUGGAGCAGAAGCCUUUGGGCUCCUACCCCCCGUCCGGUAUCGACGUCCUCAUUGUCGGCACCGGUCUUGCAGGUUUGACUGCUGCCCUCGAGUGCAUUCGCAAGGGUCACAAUGUCAGAGUCCUUGAGCGUAAUGAAACAAUCAACACAGCUGGAGACAUGUACUUCAUGGGUCUCAGUGCUACCAGAUUCUUCAAUCAUUGGCCCGAGAUGAAGAAGGAAUACGACUCAAUCGGUCUUCACGAUGCCUGGAUUGAGACCUUCCAGCACUCUGGUCAACAGAUGAUCAAGCCCCUUAAGGUCGCUGAUCGUCUGAAGGCUCAGGGCCUCGACCCUGGUACUCCUCCAGGCACUUUUCAAAUGCGCCCCCUUGUCUACAAGAUGUUCGUCAACCAGGUCGAAUCUCUCGGUGUCAAGGUCGAAUUCGGCCGCCGUGUCGUCGACUACUACGAGGACAUUGAAAACAACAAGGCCGGCGUUCUCUGUGAUGAUGGCAAGAAGUACGAGGCCGACGUUGUCAUUGCUGCUGAUGGUGUUGGUUCCAAGUCUCAGAAGCUUGUUGGUGGUCAGGUUAGAGCUGUCUCUUCUGGCAGAGCCAUGUGGAGAGCCGCUUUCCCCAUCGAGCAUCUUGACAAGGAUCCUGAAGUCAAGGAGUUCUUCUCUCUCAUCAACGGUGAGAACCCCAUCGUUCGCACGUGGCUCGGUCCUGGCACUUACGCCUUGACCCUGACCCGCCCCGACACCAUGAUCUGGAUCAUGAACCACGACGCGACUGGUAGUGAAGCCGAGUCUUGGAGCAACACCAUUGAUUAUGAAGAGGUCCUCGAGGGCAUGGACAAGGUCCCUGGACCCAACAAGUGGGCUCCUAUCUUCAAGAGACUUGUGAAGUGCACACCACCCAAUACCAUCAUCAACUUCGAGCUUCUGUGGAGAAAUCCUCAGCCGACUUGGUUGUCACCUGGUGCUCGCGUCGUCCAGAUUGGUGACGCUGCUCACUCUUUCUUGCCUGCGUCCGGUAAUGGAGCCACCCAGGCCAUCGAGGACGCCGUCACCAUCGCCUCUUGCCUGCAACUUGCUGGUAAGGACAAGAUUGAUGAGGGUAUACGUGCUCAUGUCAGAGUUCGAUUCAUCCGCAACUCUUGCGCACAGAAGCUUGGCUUCAGUAACGCAGAGCUCUUGCAAGACACUGACUGGGAAAAAGUCAAGCUCAACCCUCGCAUGGCCGCUCCCAAGCUCCCUAAGUGGGUCUGGAGCCACGACCCCGAGCACUACAUGCACUCGAACUAUGAAAAUAUUGUCGAUGGUAUGAAGAAGGGUAUCAGACACGAAGACGAUGAGCGUGUACCUCCCAACUAUCCCCCUGGCUACCGCUAUGAGCCAUGGAACAUUGACGAGAUCAUGGAUGCUAUGAGAAAUGGUAGACCUGUCGAGCUUGGUGCUGGUGACUGGGACUAG